CCUAUAAAGCCCAUAAAUUGAAUUGAAGAUUUAGUGCCAAAGUACGACCUGCGAAGUGCUGUCUAUCGCCGGAUUGCUGGAGCUGCAAUUCACUGGCCACCGUCCCGCGGCGGCUUCCCGCCGUCAGCCAUCUAGCUAAUUACCUCCUCACUCGAUCUCGUACGGUUCGAAAGGAGGCUUUAGUUGAUUCGUGAGCUAGACCAAUUCAAUGUAUAAACCUUCCGAUUCAAACAUUGUGAGAGCAUCUUAAGCUUCAUUGCCGCGAUAUUGCUCUCUGUCUGCUUGGAUUUGCUGUAAACAUGGACGGAGAUAUUGGAAUAUCACUGGACAAGCUCCCGAUAAAACGGCUGGAUGCCAUAGAGGAAAAUGGCUUCGAACGCUUUCCCACUGAUGUAGGUUAUGAUGAAAAGCGAGUGAAUUUGAUAAGGAGAAUAGACUUUGGGUGGGCAGUAGAGAGAGAAGAUCCCAGCAAGAAACGAAAAACCGAAGGUGCGGAGACUAAGGAAGGUGCAGCAACUGGUCAACAACAAUGGCAGUGGCACAGCUUAGUGGAGAACCUAAACUUGGCUCGCCAAGAACUUUCUGUCAUCAUAGAUCUCAUCAACACGGUAGAAGCAAAUGAUGCUGUAACAGUUGCAGGCAUGACUCGGCCUAAGCCACUACCUAAUGAACAACUAUCUGACCUUGCCGUGUCUAUGGCAACCAAGCUGCAGUGCUUCCGGAAUCUUGGAAAAUAUUUCAAGCAAGCUGCUCAAGGAUUGGAGGAGCAAAUAGCAAGAGAAGCUAGAUUUUACGGUGCUCUGAUUAGAUUGCAACAAAAUUGGAAAAUUAAGCGACAUCGUUUGGUGGCUGCUGCAUCUGGCAAUGAAGGCUUCUAUAUUGAUUUAUUCGACAACUCCUUAUAUGACUCAGGAAAUUUAUUUCGUCCAUCUUCUAUAUCGACAAUUCCUAUUGAACAUGACAAAGCUGGAAUGCUUGCUGUGAAGUUGCCUCAAAACUCUUAUCAUUUCCUUAGGUUUGAGUUUCUUGGUUAUGGAUCCGAUGAUAACUUGAGAAAAUUCAGCGAGACUAAAACCGAUGUUGUGAAGGAGGAAUCCUCAAAAAAAUUCGAGAAGGAACAUACUAAUGAUGAUGAACGAGUGAAAGGGAUGCAUUUAACGCUCAGAGAAGUCCAUCGAGCUAUACAUGAUGAGCAAGUGUUUGAUUUGGUAACUCGUGAAGCUUGCAAUCCGUCAUUGGUUGUUAAUCUAACUGGAAUAAAAGAUAAAUAUAUGCGCCUCAGCAUCGGUCAAGGAUCUUCAUUUUUCAUUUCACUUGUGUCAUCCGAUAUGACUGGUGAUGCAGAAAACAGUGCCGAAACUUCACCUGAUCGAGUAAAAGUGGAAGAAGGGAUCAAUAAGGUGAAGAAAUCUGUAACCCCAAGUAAACUUGGUUAUGAGAUUUAUUUGCAACAAUUAUUUCAUGAAUAUGUGUUCGUGAAAGCAAAAAACAAAGCCAAUUCUUCAUCCAGUCAUCAAAUCAGUAUGCAGCCUAAGGACAAUUCAGAUAUACUUGGGCAUUUCUGCAUGUCUCUUGCUCACAGAAUCUUCUCGAACAAAGUUCUCUCCGUGCUGGAAAGUCUGGUGCAAAGAACGCCGUACGUCUCCAUGAUUUCUCACCCAACCUGGCAUUCACGGACAUCUUCAUGGACGCUCUCAAUGAAGAUCCCUCAAUCCAUUCUUCAUGCUGCGACCCAAAUCCAUGCAUCGGGCACCGGCUCCAGCACCACAAAGGCUAUAAGGUCUCAGUGUUGGACCAAGGUGGUGGUGAUCGACGAGUCCAUUACUGUAGAAGGUGAAGGUGCUCCCAAUGUUGUUGGUCUAUUCAAAGGGAAGUCCGAGGCCGUUUCUUCUAUCAACAGUUGUGAUUGCGACUUGGCUGAUCUCCCUAUACUACUCUUGCAGCAGGUUGCGAGUCAGAUUAUCCAGUGGCUGCACGAGGAAGCCCGGACAGUGGGCAUCAAAGCCAGCAGGGAUUUCUUGUCGCUGGCGUUGGAGCUGGAGCAGGGGGAGAUAGUUACGCUCGUGGCUCAUGUGGAUCCAGAAGAUGAUCAGUCGUGCAUCACCUGGUGGGUGACGAUAGAAGAAGGAUUUGCAGAAGAACGGAAGCUUCACUCGGACAUGUCGACAACGACCAUGUCGUAUGUUGAGUCGGAGAACAGGAAGUUCUUAGGAUAUCUGCCCCUGGAUACUCUAUACUCUACAUUGUUGGAUUUCCUCAACAUGUGCAGCUGUUGAGGGACGGGUAUGAAUAUGAUAUUUACGAUUAUUUGUGCCGAAUUUUGAUAACGCAUUUGGAUGUCCAGAUCUAGAAAUGUUCGUUUCUGUGAUUCUUUCCUGUGAACCUCUGCACUAGUGCAAAUUUUACUUGAGAAUUGUGCUAUGAAAGUAACGUAUGAUUAUUAUAUUAAGAAACUAUGUAAUAUAAA